AUGUCGGGUCGCAUACCGGAUAGUACGUCCGAUGCGCGUGUGCACUGGGCUCACGAGCCGGAUCGUCCUGGAGAGCCGGGGACGGUCGCCGGUGGAGAAGCGGGUGCAUUACUGCGACCCGAGACAGCAGGCGUGCCGGACCCCGUACUUAAGGCGGCGGAUGGUCGGGGUUCGUAUGCAGCGGCAGUGACCGGCCUCGGCGCUCGCACUUUCAUAAGCGUCAGAAGUGCACCGUCGGUGGAACUCCCGAGCAUAACUUAG